UCUUGUCGUGGAUGCAGCACGGAUCGAUAACGGAGCCAAGAGCAGCGGAAGCCACUCCGCAGCAAAAUUCGACACACAAAAUUUUUGUAUCCCCAAGUUCAACCCGAAAAAUGUGAAAAAAUCCCCAAAAUUAAUAAGAAAACGAAGCCCGCGGUCAAUCCAAACGCAAAUCGUUACAUAAAGUAUAAAAUGGGAAUCAAGCGAGUGUGCAAAUAGAAAAAGGAAAAGGCAUUAAAUAAUUGUGCAAUUAAAUAAAUAAUAGUGUAUGUGGGAAAUGGGAAUAUGUCCAAUCAAUAGCUUCAAUCGAUGUCUAUCAAUAACUAAUUAAUUACAGUCGGCCUUCCGCUUUUCGGGGACUACGAAAAAUUUUCGCCUACAUUCUUGGUCAUGCAGUGAAAAAUUUUUCCGAUUUUUAGUAUGUACAUGUACGUUGGAGCGCUCGUGGGCGCCACAGCAGCAUCGGGUAGCAUGGGUAUCCGGCGAGCUUUUGGCCCCGAAACCACCACGACCACAUUAAGCAGUUGUAGUCCAACCACCCUCGAAGCAGCAACCACUCGACUUUUAGCGGCUGUUUGACCCGUUCAAUCGGCGAUAUGUGCGUGUUCGUAAUUAGUUUGCCAAACAUUUUGCAUAUGCAGUGCAAGAAAUGCCAAAACAUCUCAUAAAACAGUGCAGUGAGGACCAGGAAUCCUGGCCAAAUCAGUAGUAAUCAGUGCAGUACCGUUAGCUGUCCAAGAGCUUUUACCUUCUCGCUCUCAACGCGCUCUCUCACUGAAUGAAAGCUGCAGGCGCGGAUAAAACGAUUCCAGAGUAACCAUCGCAAGGACAUCCAAAGCUUUUCCCUCAAGGACUGGAAUACGCAAAAAAUACAAAAUAGAAAUAGAAAGAAAAGGAAAACCAAAAGAGAGCCGCGAGAACAAGACGACACUUUACGUUUACGCGCGCAACGUGCGUGCGUAUGUGUAGCUGUGUUAGUGUGUGUUUGUGUGAAUGAAGGCGCCAACUGCAACAUAUCAGGAUAACCAGACCACGAAGAACUAUGCUCCAGCAGCAUUGACAGCAAGGCAACCAACUAUGGACAAGGAUAUGGAUCGAAAUCCGGCGGAGCUCAGACUCCUGCCCACUCAGCGUCACGCCUCUGCCUCCUCCGCCUCCCCGGACUUGCGGUUCAACAAGGCGCGACGCCGGCGAAGAGAGGUGGCUGCGCCUCUGGGGCAUAGCAAUGCCCAUUCCAAGUCAAAUCCCAACCGUAAUCCCCUGGUGGUCGAAUACCGACGCUCUUAUCGCGUGCUGGUCGUCACCGCCCUCCUGGUCAGCUUGGCGGCCAGUUUCGUGACCCUCAGUGCUGGCUUCCAGCUGGACGGGUCCCAGAACUCCUUCUACACGUUCCGAAAAUGGUACACCGGACUGAACGGCACCCUGGAACUGGAGUUCAAGACGGAGCAGCCCAAUGGACUGGUCCUCUAUACCGACGACGGUGGCACCUACGAUUUCUUCGAGCUGAAGUUGGUGGAGGGCGCUCUCCGGCUGAGGUACAACCUGGGCGGCGGAGCCCAGAUCAUUACUGUGGGACGGGAGCUGCAUGACGGCCACUGGCACAAGGUGCAAGUCCUUCGGAACGACGAACAAACCUCCCUCAUCGUGGACGGCGUCUCCCAGCAGCGCUCCGCCAAGGGCAAGGAGUUCCAGUUCGGAAAGUUCGCCAGCAACUCGGACGUCUAUGUGGGUGGAAUGCCCAACUGGUACAGCACAAAGCUGGCACUUCUCGCCCUGCCCAGUGUCAUCUUCGAGCCGCGUUUCCGGGGUGCCAUCCGGAACCUGGUCUACGCUGAUCAGCCGGGCGGCUCCACCAGGCGUCAGGAGAUCAAGCAGCCGCGUGAUAUCAAGUGCGGCGAUGUGCCCUGCGAUCAUGGAGAGAUGCAAGCCCGUGAGAGGCCUUUAAGGGGCGUUCGCGGCAACACCACGGAUGCCUGCGAGCGCAACGAUCCUUGCCAGCACGGAGGCAUCUGCAUAUCCACUGAUUCCGGUCCAAUUUGCGAGUGUCGAAAUCUCGAGUACGAUGGCCAGUAUUGUGAGAAGGAGAAGGCGCCAUCGGAAGCAACGUUCCGCGGUACACAGUUCCUCUCGUACGACUUGGGUCAGACGGGCGCCGAGCCGAUAGUGAGUGCCCAGGAUGCCAUAUCCUUCUAUUUCCGCACCCGCCAGCCAAACGGUCUGCUCUUUUACACGGGACACGGCACUGACUAUCUGAACCUGGCCCUCCGGGAUGGCGGCGUUUCGCUUACAAUGGGCUUGGCCAACGGGAAACAGGAAAUGCACAUCAAGCCCUCGAAGGUGCGAUUCGACGACCAUCAAUGGCACAAAGUUACCGUGCAUCGUCGCAUCCAGGAGAUAUCCUCCAUUACCAGCUUCUGUCGGCUGGUCACUGUCGUGGAUGAUGUGUAUACGGAUCACUCUCACAUUGCUGGCAAGUUUACCAUGUUAUCCUCCUCGCGGGUAUAUGUGGGGGGAGCUGUUAACCCCAGAGCCCUACUGGGAGCCCGUGUCCACAACAACUUUGUUGGCUGCCUACGGAAAGUGGAGUUUUCGGCGGAUACGUUGAAUCUCAAUCUGAUAGAUCUGGCCAAAAGCGGUUCCAAGCUGAUCCAGGUGGCAGGAAAUGUGGAGUAUCAAUGCCCCAGUGGCGAUCCUCAGGACCCAGUCACAUUUACAACUCGAGAGUCGCACCUGGUCUUACCUCCCUGGGAAACUGGCAAGCAGAGUUCCAUAAGCUUCAAGUUCCGCACCAAGGAACCCAAUGGAAUUAUUGUCCUGGCCACUGGAUCCAAGCAACCAAGAGCUAAGAAUCCCGUUUUGAUUGCCAUUGAACUGUUAAACGGCCACAUAUACAUCCAUUUGGAUCUGGGAUCUGGAGCCUCCAAGGUUCGAGCUUCGCGACGACGUGUGGACGAUGGUGAUUGGCAUGACCUGAUUUUAAGGCGGAAUGGACGAGACGCCAAGGUGAGCGUGGACGGCGUGUGGAACGAUUUCCGCACUCCCGGCGAUGGCACCAUCCUCGAGCUGGAUGGUCACAUGUAUCUGGGAGGAGUAGGACCCGCAUACAACACCAUUGCCUGGCCGGCGGCCAUUUGGACAGCCACGCUGCGCCAGGGAUUCGUGGGUUGCUUGCGUGACCUGCAGCUGAGUGGCAAGCCGAUCGAUAUUGCGGCCUUUGCACGCGUCCAGGAUUCGGCCUCCGUGAAGCCAUCAUGCCAUGUGCAGAGCAACGUGUGCAACGGCAACCCCUGCCUCAACGGCGGCACCUGCCUGGAGGGCUGGAACCGCCCCAUCUGCGACUGUUCGGCCACCCUGUACGGAGGACCCACCUGCGGCCGGGAACUGGCCACCCUUGCCUUCAAUGGCAGCCAGCACAUGACCAUCUGGCUGGGCAACGGUCAGGGAACUAAGACACAGACCGAGGAGCUGGUCAUCCGCUUCAAGACCUCUCGGCCGGCUGGACUUUUGUUGCUGACCAGUGCCGAGUCCAAUUCACCGGAUCGCUUGGAGAUCGCUUUGGUGGCGGGACGGGUGAGAGCCAGUGUCAGGCUGAGCGACAGGGAGAAGAACCUGCUGGCCGGCCAAUCCGUGCUCAAUGACAACAACUGGCACACGAUCCGAUUCUCGCGCAGAGCCUCAAAUCUGCGGCUUCAAGUUGACGGGGCUCCCCCCGUCAGGGGUAUGUUAUCCGAGACGAUCCUGGGCCGCCACAGCACAAUGGAGAUCCGUUCGAUCCAUCUGGGCGGCCUCUUCCACGCCGAGGAGGAGAUCCAAAUGACCUCCACCAUGCCGAACUUUGUGGGUCAGAUGCAGGGCUUUAUCUUCAAUGGCCAGCGUUAUUUGGACAUUGUCAAGAGUCUGGGGCCAGAGCUAUCGGCUCUGCCCAGUGCCACCUUCAAGUUGACGGCUCGCUUCGUGAACUCCCCGGCGGGACAGCCCUACCACGCGGCCACUUUCCGUUCGAAGCACUCAUACGUGGGUCUGGCCAUGCUGAAGGCCUACAACAGCAUCUCAAUCGAUUUCCGCUUCAAAACCGUGGAGCCCAACGGACUGCUAGUUUUCAACGGAGGUCGUCGCAACGACUUUGUUGCCGUGGAGCUGGUGAACGGACACAUUCACUACACCUUUGACUUGGGCGACGGGCCGGUGACCAUGAGGGACAAGUCCCGCAUCCACAUGAACGACAACCGCUGGCAUCAGGUCAGCAUCCGACGACCAGGACCCAAAACUCACACGCUCACGGUGGACGACUCCUUUGAGAUCAUCAGUCUCACUGGCAACAACAUGCACCUGGAACUGGCGGGCAUCUUGUACAUCGGCGGGGUAUUUAAGGACAUGUACUCCAAGUUGCCGGCCUCGAUCUCUUCGCGUUCCGGCUUCGAGGGUUGUCUGGCUUCACUUGAUUUGGGGGAUACGUCGCCCUCACUAACCAGUGAUGCAGUAGUGCCAAGCUCUUUGGUGGUUAGUGGUUGCGAGGGACCCACCAAGUGCAGUCAGAAUGCCUGCGCCAACCGUGGCGUGUGUGUCCAGCAGUGGAAUGCGUAUGCCUGCGAGUGCGACAUGACCUCCUACACAGGACCAACUUGCUAUGAUGAAUCCAUUGCCUAUGAGUUUGGCAACAACAAGGGCAUGUUACAGUACACCUUCCCGGAGAAUGCCCAAGCCGAUACCGAGGAGGAUAACAUUGCCUUGGGCUUCAUAACCACCCGACCGGAUGCCGUGCUCCUAAGAGUCGAGAGUGCCACCACCCAGGACUACAUGGAGCUGGAGAUCGUGGAGGGCAACAUCUUUAUGGUGUACAAUAUCGGAAGCGUGGACUUGCCGCUGGGGGAGAUUGGCACCAAGGUCAACGACAACGCCUAUCAUGUGGUGAGGUUCCAGCGCAAGGGAGGCAAUGCCACGCUGCAGCUGGACGACUACAACGUUCAGGCACUGACGCCGCAGAGCCACCACUCGACCGUGUUCAAUACCAUGUCCAACGUUCAGGUCGGCGGCAAAUUCAGCCGCAACGGUCGCAAUCGUAUCGAGCGUCCGUUUGCCGGCGUGAUUGCCGGACUUUCGGUGAACAAGUUGCGAAUCCUGGAUCUGGCCGUAGAACGCGACCCCCAUAUCACCAUCCGCGGAGAUGUUCAAUUGGUAACUGGAGUAUUAGAUAGAAAUGAUCUGCAGAGAAUGCAGCAGACUAUCAACUCUACUCGACAGACUCCGGCGAGUGGCUAUCCGGGUGCCCUAGAUGAUCUGAUCUUCUCGGGAGCGGGAUCCGGGUGCCGUGGCGACGACGAGGACGAGUGCACGCCGCCCUUCGAGUCGGGCAGUGGAGACGAUCUGAUCACUCCGGUGUAUGUACCGCCCACGAAGCAGACAACCACCUCCCAGCAGGGCAAUAACUUAAGUACUGGAGGCGUAGUCGGGGGCAGUGGCAAUACCAAUGGCACGGAAAGAGCCUGCGACGAUGAGGACUGCGUCCACGGAUCCGGGGACUACGGUGAGACCACGGAGCAGUUCACUUCCACGAGCACGGCCAGAGGAUCAGAAUCCAACAAUGAGGUGGUCACAAUCACAACCACUGGUCGCAGCGAUGUCACCACGGAGCAGCAACAGCACAGCAGCAGCAGUAGCAGUGGAAGCACUCCGUUCUACUCCACCACUCAGUCCAGCAGCAGCAGCAGCGGCGGAGGAAGUGGCAGUACCCCGGGACAAUCAAGCACCACCAGCAGUGCGGCCACCCCCUCCACGCAGCGAGCCACCAGCAGCAGUACCAGUACCAGCACAAGUACAACCACUACCACCACUACGACCACCACAACGCAAGCCACUCCGUCUCCGGAAAUCCGGAGUACGGUCACGGAAAGGGAGACCACACCGUAUGAUGUGUACAUUGCAGGAGGUGGAAUGGGCGGCUCCGGUCGCAGCCAUGAUCACGAUCGCAUGCAGCUGCCGGACGAACACCACCCAAUGCCACCACUACCACCUCCACUGCCGCCACAGGAUCCACCGCCAUAUGGUCCUUACGGCGGAAAUACGUACAAUACAAACCUGAAUAACUAUCGACCCAAGGGCAAGGGUGGGCGCAUUAACUCGAUCGAGGAGGAGCGCACUGCCAUGAUUAUCGGAAUCGUGGCGGGCAUACUCAUUGCGGUGGUGCUGGUUAUCCUGCUGGUCCUGUGGCUCAAGUCCAACGGCGAUCGUGGCUACAAGACGGAGAGUGAGAAGGCCGCUGCCUACGGAUCCCACAAUCCCAAUGCUGCCCUUCUAGGCAACACGAGUACCAACGGCUCGUACCACCAACAGAGGCAGCACCACCAUCAGGGUGGUGGAGCGGGGCAGCAGCAGCACCACCACAGCCAGCAGCAGAUACACAACGGACACAACGGCAACGGGGGUGGCGGCGGAAUGAUGUCCAGCGGAAGUGGGUCGCUGGGGUACGGUAGCGAUGGCAGGCCUCAGAUGGCAGGUCUGGUACAGCCCAAGGCCAAGAAACGCGACUCCAAGGACGUCAAGGAGUGGUAUGUGUAAGGUGGUGGUAGAGAAAAAGAGAGGAGGUCCUCGGAAAUAUCGUCAAAUUAGCAAUAAACUCAAGUAGUGCAAAGCGAGCCGAAAGUGAAAGCGGAAAGAGUUCCCUACCCCCAUAACCGAAAAAAUAUACACGCAAACACACACACAUAAACGUAUAUAAAUAUAUAUUUAUUUAGCAGCCUCAUAAAGUUAAUUAGAUGCUGACACAGUCAAAAAAAGAAAAAUCUUAAAUAUAAAAUCGGAAAACACUUGAAUCGGAACAGGAGUGUACAAAUGAAUGGAAGGAUAAUAAGAGCGAGCGCCUUGCGCAGUUCGGUUCGUUGGCAAUAAACGAUUAUCGAUUAAAGAUAGCUAAUAGCUAAUAGCUGAUAAUUAGCAAGCAUAUAGACACGCAACUACUUUAGUCGAAUGCCUCCGGCCAGGAGCAUGCGAUCAUACUGAAGUAACGUUUAGAUUACGCCUAAGAAAUUAUAGCUUCAACUUCAAGACUUGCUAAUAAAUCUACCACUGAGCCACGGAUCGCUUUGGUUAGGUGUAGCCACAGCCAUCAGCAAAUAGCAAAUACAUUACACUAACUAAAACUAUAUAUAUUAUAUAUAUCACAAAAGUUACGAUAAAUUAUGCCACUAGCCAAUCAAGUAAUUGUGUAAAAUAUUUCGCCACAAAAGUAUGCUAUGAAUGGGAGCCAUGCGUCAAAAUGCGCAAUCUUCUAGGGAAAGAGAAUCAUUAAAACCAAGUUAGCAGAAAUUCAAUAUAAACGUACUU